AUGACACUAUCCAGUCACCACACAGCCGCCCCUGACAUCACCCAGUCAUCACAAAGAGACAUCACCACAAAAACAGUCUCAAAUGACACCACCAGUCACCACACAGCCGCCCCUGACAUCACCCAGUCAUCACAAAGAGACAUCACCACAAAAACAGUCUCAAAUGACACCACCAGUCACCACACAGCCGCCCCUGACAUCACCCAGUCAUCACAAAGGACGUCACCACAAAAACAGUCUCAAAUGACACCACCAGUCACCACACAGCCGCCCCUGACAUCACCCAUCACCACACAGCCGCCCCUGACACCACCAGUCACCACACAGCCGCCCCUGACACCACCAGUCACCACACAGCCGCCCCUGACAUCACCCAGUCACCACACAGCCGCCCCUGACAUCACCCAGUCAUCACAAAGGACGUCACCACAAAAACAGUCUCAAAUGACACCACCAGUCACCACACAGCCGCCCCUGACAUCACCCAGUCACCACACAGCCGCCCCUGACAUCACCCAGUCACCACACAGCCGCCCCUGA